UCCGUGAUCAACUAGGAUACAGUUCCAAGAGCCACACCGCUAUUUAUAGCAUAAAUGUAAAAAAAAAAAAAAAAAAUACAUUGAAACAACUUCUUUCAACAAACUCUCAUUGGCAAAAGUGUUGCAUAAGAAAUUAUUAAUCAGUGUUUCGACUCAAGGGAAAAGAAUGGACAUGGAAGCCCAGAACUUUUUAUGGAAAGGAGCAAUUCCUUUGCAGAUUCAUCUCCAUGAAUCCAAAGUCACCACUCUUCCUUCACCCCCACCCGCCCUGAUCUUAGCUCCUCGGCUAGGAUACCUACCGUUGUUGGCCUCGCAUUUAAAGCCUUACUUCAGCAGUGCACUUCCUCCUGGUGUUGACACUAUUUGGUUCGAGUACAAAGGGUUGCCCUUGAAAUGGUAUAUACCAACAGGAGUUCUUUUUGAUCUUCUAUGUGCAGAAGCAGAGAGACCUUGGAAUUUAACUGUGCAUUUUAGAGGAUAUCCAGGAAACAUAUUGAUCCCUUGUGAAGGUGAAGACAGCAUAAAGUGGAGCUUUAUCAACUCAUUGAAAGAGGCUGCAUAUAUAAUAAAUGGAAACUGCAAGAAUGUGAUGAACAUGUCUCAACCUGAUCAGGUGGAGCUCUGGCGCUCUGUUUUACAUGGUAAUUUCGAAGCCUACCAACGGGUAUCUUCUAAACUUAAGCUUGGAGCAGUUGGGGAAAUUGAUGAUUCUGGGCAGGUGAAGCAAGGCCGAGUUCCAGUUCGGUUAUACGUUUGGAAUGUCAGUGAGGACUUUGAUGACUUAGAAGAUGCACCACCGAUUGAUAGUUGGGACAAAGUUUCUUACAUAAACCGGCCUGUCGAGAUACAAGGAGAAGGUAGAUGCUUCACUUUAUAUGAUGCAGUGAAAAUCCUUCUGCCAGACUAUUUUGUGGACAAAUCGUUGGGCACUGCUGAAUCAUUGACAGUAGGUCGCGAUGAUUACGGGCAAAGAAUUUCAUCCAAAGAUGCAAGCGAUGAUAAAAAAGCCAAAGAGGAAGUAGAAACUUUAUGUGACGACCAUGUAAAGGCUAGUUACGAAUAUGAAGAGCCUAAAAUCAAGCUGGUUCGUAUACAAGGUAUUGAACCGAAACUGGAGAUACCAUUUUCUUGGGUAGCAAACAACUUAAUGCACCCUGAGCACUUUCUUCAUAUCUGUGUAUAUCUGAAACUCUGAAAGUACCACAAGUCAAUAAUACUGUCAUAGGUGGCAUUUGUAAUCAUGUUUUCCAUGUUAUUGAACACAUACAAAAAAAAUUAGGCGUCGCAAGACUUGCAUAUUACAAUCCCACCUGCAAAAGGAUUAAGCUUUGAUAGUGGUUUCACCUAAAAAAGGUUAAUUCGGAGUAACAUAAGAAUAUCCGAGCAAUAACAUUAUACAUCCAUUUUACCACAUUGCAGUUAAUAGUGCGGAUGACAAAUCAAAGAUUUACAAAAUAAUAUUUACUUGUACAUAUGAAUUGAUAAAUGAAAAAAAAAAAAAA